CCACUUUGUCUCGCUACCUCGUACAGGUGCGUGCGAAUGCCGCGUUGCUGUACACAGUUCGAUGACCUCAAGAUGCGAGGCAACGUGGCACGCCGGCGGACACGUGCCCUCCCCUGGUCACGCGCCGCGGCCCUUCGUGGCCGCAUGCGUGCGCGCGUGUCGUCCCGACCUGUCGCCCUGUUCCUCGAGCAUAUAUACGGGCACACUCAUCUCGCGUCCAUUCCCAUCCGGUACAACCACGAGAACAACAGCCGUCGCAGCCGGCACGCUCGCUGUCUGUCGCAGAUCGGAGAGGAGGGGAAGCUAGCUCGUCGGAAGAGGGAGGGAGGGGGCAAUGGCGGAGUACCAGGGGGAGUACGGGCACCCGUACCCGCGCGUCGACCAGUACGGGAACCCCGUGCCGCCGGUGGACCAGUACGGCAACCCCGUCCCGAGGGAGCCGGCCGCCGGCGGUGCUCCCCCCCUGUACGGCGCAGCAGGCGACGCCGCGGGCGCGGCCGGGUACGUGGCGCCGGCGCCGUCGCCGGGUGAGUACGGCACGGACGCGGCGUACCCGCGCGAGGGCGUCACCGCGGUCGGUGGCGGUGUCGCGCCCGGCGAACCGGCGCUCGCGUACGAGGGCAUGGUCGGCGGCGGCGGCGCGGGCGCAGCGGCGGGCAUGGGAGGCCGGGUCAUCCAGCCGGCCGUGGUGGAGGAGGAGAUCACGUUCGGCAGCAGCCAGCUUCAGCCGACCAGGGAGGAGGGGCACCACACGACGCUCGGCGAGAAGCUGGCGCGCUCCGGCAGCUCGAGCUCCAGCUCGUCCUCGGAGGACGACGGGCAGGGCGGGCGGCGGAAAAAGAAGAGCCUCAAGGAGAAGAUCAAGGAGAAGCUCCCGGGCACCCACAGGCACGAGGAGCGCGCCAAGGCCGGCGGGCAGCACGCCGCGGCGCCCGCCGCGGCGGCGGCCACGGGGACGCAUGCAGCGGGGGCGCACGAGAAGAAGGGCCUCAUGGACAAGAUCAAGGAGAAGCUCCCGGGACACCACCACUGAGCGAGCACGGCGCGUCUCGUCGGCUGGGUUUGGGAGCGUCACAUCGCAAGCCGUGUCUGUGUAUCGUGUCCUCGUUUGGUUGGUUUGCCGUGCACCGUGUUCUCUGUGGCACCAGUUUGUACUGUAGAUGUGUACUGCUGCUUAGAAGGAUUUGGGUACGGACGACUUUCGUUUAGGUUUGGUUCGAGGUACUUGGGGCCUGUGUCGUGUCUAUGUUGUUAUCGAUCGAGAUGUUGGCUGUCAGGUUAGUGUUAAAGCCUACGAACAGCUUGCGAUUUUGCUCC